AUGCGUGGCUUCAAGUUGUACUCGGCGUUGAUUGAGGCUCUGAUUGAACAUUGGCGGCCCGAGAAGCACACGUUCCAUUUCCCGAGUUGUGAAACGACAAUUACUUUGGAAAAUAUCGCUCACCAACUCGUUGUUCGUGUGAAUAGAGCCCCCGUGGUGAGUCAGAACAUGUACGACCUCGCAUCGUUGGUCUACCAAGUUUUGGGAAUAUGGCCACCAUUCGAUGCCAUCGACGACUUUCGGGUACGGAUAACAUGGUUGGAAUCGAAAUUCCAAGUGACAGACGAGACUACUGAUGAGGUGGUUAUUUUCGCGUCUCGAGCAUAUCUUCUCCAACUGAUCGGUGGGGUAUUAUUACCGGAUAAAUCCGGUAAUUUGGAGCACACUCAGUAUCUGCGAUAUUUGGAAGACUUCGUUGUGUGCCGUAAUACCAGUUGGGACUCGACGAUUUCGGCCUUUCUGUAUCGGGAUCUUUGCAAUGCUACAAUUGUCCAGUCGGUUCGAAAAGCCAAUGUCGCGAGCUAUCUAAUACUGCUACAUGGUAUCGAUUCUCGUUUAUGA